AAUCCCCUCACCGUCAGGAGGCUAAUUAGCUGGUUUCAAAUUGCCAGCCUUAAUUGGCCUCAGGUGCGUAAUUCAGCGACGCCAUUAAAAAGCGGCCAAAGUGCAGCUCCUGCGGACGGUGUUGUUUUCUGCGAAGAUAUCGGGACCAUGCUGGGGAGCCUGCUCUUCGCCCUGCUGUCUGGAUGUGCAGCGGCCCUAGUCAACCCGGGGCUGGAUCGACACUGGGAGCUCUGGAAGAAGAUGCACGAUAAAGUGUACUCUGAACCGAUUGAGGAGUUUGGUCGCAGGCGGAUAUGGGAAGAGAACUUGGAAAUGAUCAAUGUCCAUAACCUGGAGGUCUCCCUGGGCAUGCACACUUAUGAACUGGCAAUGAACCACCUGGGAGACAUGACCACAGAGGAAGUGACUGGUCUGCUCACGGGCACUCUUGUGCCAGCUGACCUGGAGAGGGGUCCUUCGCCCUUCGUCAGGGUGAAUCACACCUUUUUGCCGCCAUCUCUCGACUGGAGAGAGAAGGGCCUGGUGACGGAAGUCAAAAAUCAGGGUUCUUGUGGCUCUUGCUGGGCGUUCAGUGCGGUCGGGGCUAUGGAAGGGCAGCUGAGUAAGACUCAAGGUAUCCUGGUGUCCCUUAGUCCUCAAAACCUUGUGGACUGCUCCAUAAAAUAUGGCAACCAUGGGUGCAACGGUGGCUUCAUGUCAAAUGCCUUCCAAUACAUUAAAAACCAAGGCAUUGAAUCAGAUGCAGCCUACCCUUAUAUAGGCAAGCCUGGACUGUGCCGAUACAACCCUCAGUAUCAGGCUGCUAACUGCUCUGGCUAUGCCUUUUUACCGGAGGGGAAUGAAGAUGCACUGAUGGAGGGCCUUGCUACCAUUGGUCCAAUCUCUGUUGCAAUUGAUGCCUCCCGGCCCAAAUUUAUCUUCUAUCACCAUGGUGUGUAUCGAGACCACACAUGUAGCCAUAAUGUUAACCAUGGUGUGCUGGCGGUGGGCUACGGCACUGAGAAUGGACAUGACUACUGGCUCGUCAAGAACAGUUGGGGUGUAAGGUAUGGAGAUGGAGGCUACAUAAAGAUGGCCCGGAAUAAACACAACCAGUGCGGCAUCGCUCUGUACCCUUGUUUCCCCAUCAUGUGAUCACCAGAAUGAAGUCCAGCUGUGGAUGUGUUGUGUUCUGUUCAUGCUUGCCUUGAACCCUUGUGGUUUUAAAACGCUGAAGAUGAAAUAAAGCAUGUGAUCCUUAA